UCUCGUGUAGCUUACACCGGAAUGAAGGACAAUAAAUUUCAUGACGUAGGCACGCGUCAUCGCGUGUUCCACGAGUUGUCCGAUCGACUGUUGUGUGAAUGCUGUAUACAUCGACUGUUGUGUGCAUCUUCGAUCUGCAUUGCUAUUUGUUUGUGUAGUUUCAUUGUCCGCGUGUCCGGUGUUGCUCGCGUGAACGGCGUUCUGAACAUGGGCUCUAACGGAGAUGAGAAAGCUUUCGAACAGAUCCUUCAAGAUAAUCUGAAAGAUUUCGCUGUCGGUAACGACGGCAAAUACUGUGGCUCUGUGAUUCGGAGGAAGAGAUCAAAAGACUAUGAAUAGUCUUAAGUGCAUAGGGUAUUCAUACUCGGUAAGGAGCAGCCACCAUCGCCAAAAAUUGCAUGAAACCGCCACCAGCUGACCAUGUUAACCCAGCAAAAAAGAGAUUGUUGAUUAUGGAUACGAAAAAGAGCGAUUGCCCUGCCACUUUUUCAAUUAAAUGUGUUAAAGUGUAUCCAGGCUAUUCUGUUCAAUCAGUAGAUGAUCGUGAAAUUAAAAAGAAAGUUGUCCACAGUUUAAAACAGGCUUUGGAGGCAGCCAAUAAACCUGAAAGUGUUCUUCGCUUUUAUGUGAGGGCGUCACCACCAGACCACCAUACCCACAGCACAGAAAGCAUAAAAGCAAGUGGAGACAUACAUCCCUUGCUAGCUGUGGAAAUAGCAAAGGUUGUUGAAGAUGGAACUACAUCUGUGAGAAUAAUAAAGUUGCAUCUUGAAAGAUUUGUGAACAUAACCUUCACUGGACCACACAAGCCAGAUAAUAUGAACACUACAUUUUACCCCAAACAUCUCACAAUAUAUAGUCAUGUAUACAGGGCCCUUAAGAAAUUGAAGAAAAGUGUGUUUGACCAAGAGGCUUUGCAAAUGCAGGUUAAUGAGUGGCAGAAAGAAUAUAGAGGUGACAAUAUUUUUUUUCAGGCCUUUUUCAGAUGUUGAUGGAGAAAUACAGCCAUUGCUGUUUUGUUACGAGGGUGCAUGGCAGAAGGAUAUGUUAAAAAAAUAUGGAGAUGUAUGUUUGCUUGAUGCCACCUACAAAACAACAAAAUAUGACACUCCUUUAUUUUUUGUUACAGUAAAGGCAAACGGAUGCUGUUUAGUGGUAGGUUUUUUCUUUAUUCAGGUAGAAGAUACAAGGUCAAUUGCUGAAGCACUACUUGUUUUCAAGAGGUGGAAUACAGACUUCAACCCAACCUACAGGGUUACUGAUUUCUCAGAGUCCGAGAUAGCAGCAAUUAAAGAAAUAUUUCCAUUUUCAAAAGUGUACUUGUGUUCAUUUCACGGGGAACAGGCUUGGUGGCGAUUGGUUAAAAAGGGAGGGAAUCUAACUGUAGGAACUGAUAAGGAGUCUGUU